CGGUAGAAGUAGGCGGUUAAGACAUUUCGUAAUAACAAACUUAGAAAUUCUCAGGAGAAGGGCAUCCCCAAAGAGUAGACGACGUCAUCGAGCAAACUGCAAUGAUGAGUCAUCAUUGUUGUGUUCUCGUUUGUGUAUAAUUUCUUUGACGCGCUUUAUAUUUUGAUAUUACUGUCAUCAUUAAACUGUCAAAUAGAACAUUGAUUGUGAGAGGCUGAUAGCUAGAAACUACGUUGUGAUAAUAAUCUACGCGUUCUCCGAACACUUACGUAAACUGUGAUUGUGUUAUUUUUUAAAAGUUUUCUAAAAGAACUCAUGACGAUGAAGUUAGAAGUUAGUGAUAGUCAUUCCAACCACUCUGAUUUUUCUUGUGAUAGCCAGUCAUCGCAAGGAUCUUCUACAAAUGAAUUUAUAUCUUCGGUACCGACGUCAAGAUCCCUACUAACAUUGGCAAACCUUGAGGGCCUCCAGUCGGGGGUCCCAACCCGCACCACGGCGACCAUAACGCCCACGCAGUUGCGCAACUUCGAGCAGACCUAUAUCGAGUUGAGCAACUGUCGCAGUGAGCAGAGCAACCACGCAGGUUUCGUGCCGCCUUCCGUCACGCAGACCAACAAUUACGGCAUCCUGAAUCCUGUGGGUUACUGUGACUCGGGCCCGACGACUCUGCAUGUGUCGCCGGGCCCACUCUCAGCUAGCGGUGACAGCAGCAGCAGUCCUGGCCUUCCAGCGCCGAAGAGACGUAACAUGGGCGGACGUCGACCGACUAAAGCUCCCCAAGACAUCUCACCAGAGGAGGAGGAACGAAGAAAAAUACGCCGAGAAAGAAAUAAAAUGGCAGCCGCUCGUUGUCGCAAACGAAGACUGGACCACACCAAUGAACUGCAAGAAGAAACAGACAGGCUCGAAGAGAAAAAUCAAGCAUUCAAAGACGAAAUCCGCAAAUUAAAUGCCGAUGUAGACCAAUUGCAGGCGAUAUUGCGCAACCACCUACCCCUUUGCGGGCUCGAGAAGAGGUCGACUAGUCCACCAGACGUGAAGCCGUUUCAAGACCCCUACGAGUAUCCAGAGAUGCCAGAAGACGGUGUCAGAGUUAAAGUGGAGGUGAUGGAUCCCGUAGUAGACCCCGUCCUUGGGUUAGAUAAUGAUAUCUUCGCCUCGCCGACGCCGGACAAAAGGAUAAUGCUGUCGGCGGCAAACCCGGCCGUGGUCACGAGUGCGAGUUCGCUGGACACGCCGCCCGUGCGGCCCUCGCGACCUAACUUCCUUCAGGUGCCGCUCACCGUCACUCCCGCGCAGAUUCACAACAACAAAGCGUUGGGUAACAACAACAAAAUAGCCGGCAUCGAGAUCAGCACGCCGAGCAAUGGCAUCCCGUUCAACUUCGACAGUCUGAUGGAAGGCGGCACUGGGCUCACCCCCGUGCACCCGCACCCGCACCCGCACCCGCACCCCUGCGCGCAGCAGCAACGUGCCGCGCCCGACCUCGCCUCGCCCGACGCGCACAACAGCCUCGUGAGCCUCUGAGAUCACCUCUCCGCCGCCUGCCCUCUCUUCGAGCCGCUCGACCUGCUCAGCGAUCUCGAGCCGAGUCCCCUCUACUAGCAGUGCGGCCUCUCGACCGGGCCGCCUCUGCUGCCAGGACAACCGAGUUCUAAACUCGGCACGCAAGAGACAAACCUCUCGGAAGCAGUAUUAGGCAGCAGCGGGCGCGGCGUGCGCGGGCCCGCGUGUGACGCGGCCGGCGCACGGAACCUAGUUCGUAACGUGUAAAGACUACGCUAUUUAUUCUUCGUGACUUCGUUCUAUCUCGUUUCUAUCGUGCUAUCUUCGUCUCCCUCGGGCCCCCGCCGGCUGUUUUGUCUAUUUAUUGAGGGGGCCCACGUAACACACUUGCUCACUAUGUGCUUUGUAUUUAUAUUACUGAAUAUUUAAUUGUAGUCUAAUAUUAGAGCGUAUCGGCGCAGCGACGCCAGCCUACGAGAGUCAAUUGAUGAGCUGUUCUAGUAUUCUAAAGGAGAAUAUUUUUAUAACUAGAUUGUAUAUCUGCGUAAAUAAUAAUUGUGAUGUAAAAAUAAAACAGAGUUUUAUUUGAAGCAUUUCAGUGAUUAAUUUUCGAGUUGUGCUUAAUAUCUAGCGAGGCUAGACUAGUAAUAUGUUAUAUUGUAAAAGAUCUCUUUUACGCGACGCCCGCGGGGUCCGGCACCGUCGAACCGAUCCACGACAUCUUGUCAUAAUAACCGAGUGCCAUUCGCUAUGUCUAUUCUCAAGAAUACAAUAACUUUGAGUACGAAAUAUUAGUUAACCAUAGACUAACAGCAAUAUUACUUAAUGAAUAAUUAAUAUAUUGAAUGUAAGUUAGCUCAAUAUCGAUAUAAUGUCAUACCGUUCAUUGGAUUAGGUACUGGUAGUGUAAAAUUAUUGAUAAGAAUUUUUGUGAUACGUCCAGUGAUUUGCGCUCCGAGUGGAGACGGUCAUUUUAUAUUGUGUAUUUAUACUCACGACCUCGUUUUAAGUCAAUUUUCGUCACAUUGGUGCAUCGAUGUCGGUUCUGAUUGCAUUUUUAUGUAACUUUUAUUAUUUAAAGUAAAACCAUUGUCAUUAUCAUAAUAGUCGUCAUGUAUUGGAUCGAGACAGUUUAAUGAAUGAGUUAGAGUUAGCCCUCGUGACACGAGGCAGGGUCGCUCACGUUUGUACCGAUGGUGACCGCUGGAGUUAAAGCAAGUAGACUAAGGCAAUAAUUAGGCUAAGGGCACUUAACAUUUAACUGUAAUACGCAUAACUUAGACCAAAUUAUUAUUUUAUGUGCUUUAUCGUAGUUUUAAUUACAAUCUAAGCCAAAUAUUGAUUUUAUGUCGUUAAUUUAGGUUUAGGGUAAACCGCCGUUUCCGAAAAAGUAUUAUUGGUUAGACGCCCAGGAAUGCGGAGUAUUUAUUUAAAAUAAUUAUUGUAUUUGAAUCAUCAUCUUUUGAAUUUUUAUAUGAGCGACUUUUGUAUUUAUAGUAACAUACAAUAAAACGUCUUAAGCAUAAUAUGAACAUUUAGAUAUUGUAAGAGAGAUGUAAUUUUUUCUAGAAGAUUUUUUCUUAACGCAAUUGUAGAAUACUUUUGUAUUUUUUCAUAAAAUUUAGCAAAGCAAUAUAUUUGAUAAAAUAAUUAUUGUUCUAUUACAGCCAGAUGUAGUAAAUUAUAAUAUAUAUAUAUAUAUAUAUAUGUAAAUCAGAAUAUAUAAAGUUUACGUACACCACUGA